GACCUCUUAGCAGACCGUAGGGUGACCCGGAUGAUGGCGGCCGGAGCGGCCCUAGCCUUGCCACUGUGGCUACUACUGCUGCCGGUGGGGACUGGGGGGGCAGGGCCCCCACCGAUCCAGGACGGCGAGUUCACGUUCCUGCUGCCUGCGGGGAGGAAGCAGUGCUUCUACCAGUCUGCGCCGGCCAACGCAAGCCUCGAGACCGAGUACCAGGUGAUCGGAGGUGCUGGACUGGACGUGGAUUUCACGCUGGAGAGCCCUCAGGGCGUUCUGCUGGUCAGUGAGUCCCGCAAGGCAGAUGGGGUGCACACGGUGGAGCCCACGGAAGCUGGGGACUACAAGCUGUGCUUUGACAACUCCUUCAGCACAAUCUCUGAGAAGCUGGUGUUCUUCGAACUCAUUUUUGACAGCCUGCAGGAUGACGAGGAGGUCGAGGGCUGGGCAGAGGCUGUGGAGCCUGAGGAGAUGCUGGAUGUCAAGAUGGAGGACAUCAAGGAGUCCAUCGAGACCAUGAAGACCCGGUUGGAACGUAGCAUCCAGAUGCUGACGCUCCUGCGGGCCUUUGAGGCACGUGACCGCAACCUGCAGGAGGGCAACCUGGAGCGGGUCAACUUCUGGUCUGCGGUGAACAUGGCCGUGCUGCUGCUGGUCGCCGUGCUCCAGGUCUGCACGCUCAAGCGCUUUUUCCAGGACAAGCGCCCUGUGCCCACUUAGCCCCAGAAGGAAGACAGGGAAAGGAGGGGCAGCAGGGCACAUGUGUGUGAGAUCUGGGGGUCCUUUCCCCAAACUUAGUUUCCUAUGGGAGGGGAGGCCACGCAGUCAUGGCCCUGAGGUCCUCGUGUGUCUCCUCCCUGCCAGGGGCCAGGCUGGAAACCCUUGUUGGCUUGGCUGACAGGCCUGGGCCCUCCAGGAGGGACAGCUCAGUGGCUGCACCUGCUUUCCUGGAAAUUGUGCAUGGACGGGGAGGGCACUGCAGCAUUUGCAUGUGACCCUUGGAUAUUCUGGCCCCUUGCCGUGUCCCCUCUGGUAAAUGUGUGUGCCUUAGCCUGAGUCCCAGCCUGCACAGGCACUGCUUGGUGUGGGAUGGGGCCCAGGAAGCAAACUCUCCCUUCCCUUCCCUCCUGGCCUUCUGAGCCAGGGUAC